GAGAACGCCGACUCGAACACACCCAGGAAGACUAGUCCCUUUUGCCGAAAUCACAUCUCUUUUUUCUCAGACUUAGAAAGUCGUCACUAUGAAGUAUUCUGCUUCUCUCUUGGCCUUCGCUGCCAGCGCGGCCGCCACUUUCCCCUGGCACAACGCCCCGCCAUUCACUUGCCCUCAGAACACCGACAACAAGUGUACCGAGCAGCAAAAGACUGGCUUCAUUUUCGAUGAUCUCUCCACUGGCCCCUUCUCUCAGUACAUGGACUUCAACUUCAACGGCUGGGUCGCGGGUGCUGGCUUUGGUGGUCGCUUUGGAAAGCGUACCUUUGGGGGUAUCAGCGGUGUCUGCGGCUCUGACCACAGCAAGGCCCCUUCGUUCAGUGCGGGCGGCGAGUUCUCGCUGGGCUCUAUCCACAUUACGCCCGAGUUCGACUGCGAUCUGGAGUUCCACUAUGGGAUGCCCGAUGGAUCUACUUGCAAGCACCGUAAUCGGUGCUCAAAGAGCGGCACCAACGUCGUGAACAAGCAGUGCGGUGGUGCUACCAACGUGACCAUUGUCUACCCUCCUCAGCCCGAGAAGCCCAAGCCUAGCUGCAGUGUCAUCGUCAGCACCAUCUCUUUCGACUGCAGCACCAAGCAGAGCACCGUCCCUCCCAAGACCAAGACUACCAAGGCUGCCUCUACCACCUCUGCUGCCGCCACCGCCAGCGUCCCCACCGUUCCCGCCGAGAUUACCAGCACUUCUGCUGCUCCCGUCGCUUCUUCCAGCGCUCCUGCUGAGAGCGUUCCUGGAAGCCAGACCAGCACUGCUCCCGCCGAGAUCACCAGCGCUCCUAGCGUCCCUGUUGAGUCCAGCCCUGCCAAGCCCAGUGAGAGCGCCCCCAUCAGCGAGGUUGUGUCUGCUCCUCCCGUCACCAGCACCAUCGUCACCAGCUUCGACAGCACCUCCACCGUCUUUAUCACUGAGAUUCAGACCAUCACCAGCUGCGCUCCUACUGUGACCAACUGCCCUGCCAACCACGUUACCACCACUGUGGUCACCAUUGCCACCUCCACCACCGUCUGCCCUGUCACCGAGACUCGCACCACUGUGAUCUCGGCCAUCUCUUCUGCUGCCCCUGUCGCCAGCUCUGAGGGUCCCAGUGAAAUUGUUAUCUCCACCUCCAUCGGUGAUAUCAUCUCCGCUCCCGCCGGCUCCACCUCUUCCGCCGCUGCUGUCCAGUCGUCUGCUGUCGCCUCCUCUGCUGUCGUCUCUUCUGCCGUUGAGAGCAGCACCGGUGUCGUUGUCCCUACCUCCGCCGGCAGCGUCGCUAGCUCUUCUGCUGCCGCCGUCGACACCACUUCCAGCGCUGCUCCUGUCUCUACCGCCCCGGUUAAGCCCCUUCCUUGCCCUGGUGUCGUCCCUUCGUGCUUGAACACCUUCCUGUUCGAGACUGGCUGCACUGACAACUCCGAUGCUGCCUGCUUCUGCCCCAACGCCCUCUUCGUCAAGAACGUCUACGAGUGCAUCUACGCCCACGGCGAGUCUAACUCGAUCAUCUCUGAUGCCAUCACCUUCUUCCAGGGUAUCUGCGCUCCCUAUGUCAACACCAACCCUGGCAUCGCUACCGGCGUUCCCACCUAUGUCACCACUACUGCUGCCCCUACCUCUGUUGUUCCCGUUCUCACCACCAUCACUGUCAACCUUACCACCGUUGUUCCCUGCACCAACGAGGCCGGCUCGACCAUUGCCAGCUCCAGCACCACCGUCAUCGUCGACACUACCAUGACCGUGCCCCAGAUUCACUUCACGAGCACUACUGAUGAUGUUGCCAUUGUCCCUGCUCCCACCGGCAUCCCUCUCGUCACUGAGACUGAGGCGGUCCCUGUCGUUUCUGCUACCGCUACCGAGACUGGUGCCGUUGGCGUCAGCACCAGCACCGCUGCUCCCGUCAACAGCGCUCCUGCCGUCACCAGCGCCCCCUCUGUUCCCAUCGGCACUGCUGUCGGCACUGGCGGUUUUGUCCGUCCCACUUCGAGCGUCAUCAGCCCUCCUAUUGUCGUUGCUGGAAGCGGCCGUGUCAGCGCUGGUCUCGGCCUUGCCGUUGCUGUCGUCCUCGGCGCUCUUGCUCUCUAAGCUCUCUUAGAGGCUUAAGUCUAGGCUUGGAAUGAAAAGAAGCGUGUAUAAUACGAACAUGUAAAACGAAAGACAGGACAAAGGUAUCAUUC